GGAAGGAAGGAGGUCCACCGCCCACCCGCACGCCCUGCGCGUCCCCCCCCUUCUCCCCCUCUUUGAACAGUCGCAGCAUAGCAGCGCCUCCUCUCUCCUCUGCCUCCCCCUCUCCCCUCCCUCGGCGUCGCCCGCCGCUCAGCUCAGACCCGAUCGGCCGCGCGGCGCGAGUCCUGGGCUGGCAAAGCGCUCUCUGGCCCCAGCCCCGAGCCGGAGCGGUCCGCGGCCGCCUGUGCUGCUGCGGGGGGUUCCGGGGGCUUCGAUGCAGCACCACGCGUACAGCCGCCUGGGGAGCCUCGGCGGCGGCGGGGCGGGGGCGGGGGCGGCGGCGUCCCCGCCGUCGUCGCCGCGGCGGGCGUGGGGGAGGAGGCCGUCGGCCAAGGGCGGCGCGGGCGCGGGGAAGGCGGCGGGAGGGGGAGGCGCGGCGCGGCGGGCCGCGCGGGCGGUGCUCGCCGCGCUGCUGCGGCGGCAGGCCGUCUUCCUCUUCGCCCCGCUGCUCUACGUCGCCGCGAUGCUGCUCUACAUGGGCUCCAUCUCCCUCGACAGCGUGCCCCGCAUCAUCUCCCGCCCCGUGCCCGGCUCGCUCUACCGCAGCCCGCAGCUGUACGCCCGCCUGCGCCCCGAAAUGGACGCCGACAACGCCACGGACGCGCUAGCAACUGUAUGGCGGCAUGCUUACAAAGGUGGUGUUUCGCAACCUUGCAUAAGCAAUAAUACCUAUGGUUUGCCCGAACCAAACGGCUACAUAUAUGUGGAGGCCAAUGGUGGUUUGAAUCAGCAAAGGACAUCGAUAUGCAAUGCAGUCGCAGUUGCUGGUUUUCUGAACGCAACUCUUGUAAUCCCAAAUUUUCACUACCACAGCAUUUGGAGGGAUCCUAGCAAAUUCAAUGAUAUCUAUGACCAGGACCACUUUGUCCAACGUUUGAAAAAUGAUGUUCGAGUGGUUGACAAGGUGCCUGGAUUCAUAAUGGAGCGGUUUAGUAACAAUUUGAGUAAUGUUUAUAAUUUCAAGAUAAAGGCUUGGUCUCCUAUUCAAUACUACAAAGAUGUUGUUCUUCCGAAGUUGAUUGAAGAAAGGCUCAUAAGGAUAUCACCUUUUGCAAAUCGGCUUUCAGUUGAUGCUCCGCCUGCUGUUCAGCGACUGAGAUGCCUGGCUAACUUUGAAGCCUUAAAGUUUUCUAAACCAAUCACUGCUUUAUCUGACACUUUAAUUUCUCGAAUGAGAGAAAAAAGUGUGGAAAACAACGGGAAAUAUGUAGCAGUGCAUCUCCGUUUUGAAGAGGAUAUGGUUGCGUUCUCUUGCUGUGUGUUUGACGGUGGUGAUGAGGAAAAAAAGGAAUUGGAUGAGGCCAGGGAAAGAGGCUGGCGUGGAAAAUUUACAAGGCCCGGACGUGUAAUAAGGCCUGGAGCAAUAAGGAUGAAUGGGAAAUGCCCACUUACACCUUUGGAGGUUGGGUUAAUGCUUCGUGGAAUGGGUUUCAGCAAUAAGACUUCAAUCUAUUUGGCUUCUGGGAGAAUAUAUAAAGCAGAGAAGAACAUGGCUCCUCUCCUUGAAAUGUUCCCUCUCUUACAGACCAAAGAAACAUUGGCAUCAGAUGAAGAACUUGCUCCGUUCAAGAAUUUCUCCUCGAGGAUGGCAGCUAUUGACUACAGCGUUUGUGUCCAUAGUGAGGUUUUCGUGACUACUCAAGGUGGAAAUUUUCCUCAUUUCCUUCUUGGUCAUAGAAGAUACUUGUAUGGUGGGCAUUCGAAGACAAUUAAGCCUGAUAAAAGAAGAUUGGCCAUACUCUUUGACAGUCCGCGUAUCGGAUGGAAGUCAUUAAAACGCCAGCUGCUUAAUAUGAGAUCGCACAGCGAUGCCAAGGGUAUUCAAAUGAAAAGAGCAAAUGAAUCUGUAUACACAUUUCCAAGCCCUGACUGCAUGUGCCAUCCAAAUAAAUCAGAACGCCCUAAAUCCAUCCAGGCUAGAUAGCAUCCGCCAUGACUGGUUUGAUUGAUCCUGAUUCAUUUUGGCAUCAUUGUAUAGUGUGAUCAUUCUUUGCGUGCAGUCUGGUGGUGUGAUUUUCCGUCGUCAAGCACCCCCGUUGCAGUGUUGUUCAUUCCAUGGCCCUCAUGUCGACCUUUGUAGAGACAUGUUCAGGCUAUUUUGAUGUAGGCUAAUUCUGGGGCUAACAAUACACCGAUCCUCAUCUACAAAAGAUGAUGUAUCUCUUAGGUCUUAACCAUCUCUAGGCCUUCUUGGUGUGGUUGUAGACUUGUAGUGUUCCCUUGUACAUUGCUAGGCUAGGAAGCAAACACAAAUCAUAAUAUAUAAUUCUUGAAGCGAAGACAGAACGUUCACUUUA